UGGAGGGUGGAAGCGUUCAGUCUUGGGGUCCCCGCUGCGGUAGAGUCCUGCCCACUCCCUGCAGGGCUCCGAAGCCGGGCGUCCUCGGCCCCCCGCCCGCCCUCGGCCAGCUUGGCCCCGCCGCAGCCCCGACCGACUGACUCCGCCUAGUGCUAGGCCCGGAUCGCGUCCCAGAGCGCCUUCCUAGCUUACCUCACCGCAGCCCCGUCGCCUUGCUUCGGGCCUGGGCAUCCUACCCUCCGGGUUUUAAGUGAAGUUUUGAGAAAGAAGAAAUUGGUGCCAUAGAGGGAAGUGAGGAAAAUCAGAUCCCAGAUCUUUGGGGAGAAAGACCUGUAAGGAGCAACACACCCUCCACCGUAGGCCAUCAGGUGGAAAUAGCAGGUAAGCUGGGGGUUGUGGAGCUGAGGAUGUUUUGAGGAAGAAGAGCUGAGAGCUCUUGGACCAGUGCUGAGACUUCUGUGUCUGAGAUGUAAGCCGGGUGAAAGCGGAGGUCUCACAGCUCUGGGAGUGCUGACUUUGCAUGGUUCUCCUUGGAGCCAGCUGGAAAGCUGGGAGCCCAGAUCUCUACCUCCACUACUCACAGCUUUGAUUUUUUUGGCUGAGUUACUGGUUGGGUAACAGGUUGCAUAAGAGGAAGCCCUGUGGCAUCAGACUGAUAUUUCUGGACUUGGAGGCAGCAGAGAGGUAUUUCCUCUGGAACUGGGUUCCCUGGUUGCAUCCUUGGUGACAAUUGUCUGAGAGCACCCCCACUCUUCAUUUUCCCUCUCACGAGUGUACGAUUCCUACCUUUGUUCAGCCAUCACCAGAAGGAGAAAUAGGAAGCAUCUGACUACCUACCUAAGCUUCUCAUUAGCCAUUCUAAAUGUAUUGAGGGCAUCAAAGGGAUGUCUCUCUGAUGGGCGGUGGUUAGAUCAGUGUUGCAAGAGAAGAGUGAGAAUUAGCCUUGAAUUUUGAAGGACUUCGAAAGCUAUGCAGAAUUUAGAGUCUGGACCAGAAAGAGGUAUGUUGGACUGUAAUUCACUGAAAUAACCACAGUUGGGACGCGUAGGUGGCUUAGUGGUUGAGCUUCUGCCUUAGGCUCAGGUCAUGGUCCCGGGGUCCUGGGAUCGAGUCCCGUAUCGAGGUCCCUGCAGGGAGCCUGCUUCUCCCUCUGCCUGUGUCUCUGCCCCUCUCUCUAUAUAUAUAUGUCUAUGUCUAUCUCUCUCUCUCUCUCUUUCUCUCUCUCUCAUGAAUAAAUUAAUAAAAUCUUUUUUAAAAAUACCUACAGUUCUAGCUGAGGGCUGCUCUUGUGCAACCUUGUGAAGUAGAAACAGGCUGGGAAGCCAGAUAAAUUUAGAUCUAAAUCCUGCUCUUCCUCUUGCUAAUAUGUGACCCUAGGUCAGCUAUACAAUCUCAAUGAACCUUAGGACCACUGUGGUAUGGGACACCUGGGUGCUUCAGUGAUUGAGUGUCUGUCUUUGGCUCAGGGCAUGAUGCUGGGAUCAAGUCCCACAUUGGGCUCCCCAGGAAGCCUGCUUCUCCCUCUGCCUAUGUCUCUGCCUCUCUCCAUGUCUCUCAUGAAUAAAUAAAUAAGAUGUUUUUAAAAAGGAAAGAAAAAGGACCACUGUGGUAAGGACUGAAUGAGAUAAGAUAUGUCUACGAUACUCCUGCUUCUCUGUAGUGCUAUAGUGUUAGUACCCCUCUCUUUAAUGUUUAUGUCUUAUUGACCCUAUGGGUCUGUAAGCCUGAAGCAAGCAGGAUUUGCAGAGGAUGUAUUUCUGUCUCUGCCACCCUUCCCUGUGGUACCCACUGCAGUGUUCUGCACAGAGGGACACCUGGGUUUGAAUCUCAGCCAUCUGACCUUGGGAAUGUUGUUUCAGCUUUCUGUGCCCAUCUCAGGAUAACGGUAGUACCUGUCUCCCAUCUAGGUUGAAAAGAGCUGGAGCUCACAGGCCUCCUAGGAUAAUAGUCCCAAACAGGCUGUUGCUGGUCUCCAGCUGAAGGCGUUCCCUCAGCUACCCAGGAGAUGUGGUUGUGAGGCCAAAUCCACAGACCCUGCGAGAAGAGGGCUCCCAGGGCCAUGGCCCAGGUCAGCAUCAACAGUGACCUUGGCGAGUGGGGCUCGAGCACGGACUCUGGGGAGCGGGCCCGUCUGCUGCAGAGUCCCUGUGUGGACACAGCCCCCAAGAGCGAAGGGGAGGCCUCUCCUGAGGGCCUGAGUAGAGGCACCACUUCCACAGUGGGGGCCAUCUUUAUCGUCGUCAAUGCCUGCUUAGGUGCAGGGCUGCUCAACUUCCCCGCGGCCUUCAGCUCUGCAGGGGGUGUGGCAGCUGGUGUCACGCUGCAGAUGGGCAUGCUGGUCUUCAUCAUCAGCGGCCUCGUCAUCCUGGCCUACUGCUCCCAGGCCAGCAAUGAGAGGACCUACCAGGAGGUGGUAUGGGCCGUGUGUGGCAAGCUGACAGGAGUACUUUGUGAGGUGACCAUUGCCAUCUACACCUUCGGCACCUGCAUCGCCUUCCUCAUCAUCAUUGGGGACCAACAAGACAAGAUUAUAGCUGUGAUGGCAAAGGAGCCGGAGGGGGGCGGUGGCAGCCCCUGGUACACAGACCGGAAGUUCACCAUCAGCCUCACUGCCAUCCUCUUCAUCCUGCCCCUUUCCAUCCCCAGAGAGAUUGGCUUCCAGAAAUAUGCCAGCUUCUUGAGCGUCGUGGGCACCUGGUACGUCACUGCCAUCAUUAUCAUCAAAUAUAUCUGGCCAGAUAAAGAGAUGACCCCAGGGGACAUCCUGACUAGGCCAGCUUCCUGGGUAGCCGUAUUCAAUGCUAUGCCCACCAUCUGCUUCGGAUUUCAGUGCCAUGUGAGCAGUGUGCCCGUCUUUAACAGCAUGCAGCGGCCCAAGGUGAAGACCUGGGGUGGAGUGGUGACAGCCGCCAUGGUCAUAGCCCUCGCUGUCUACAUGGGCACAGGCAUCUGUGGCUUCCUGACCUUUGGGGCUGCCGUGGAUCCCGAUGUGCUCCUGUCCUACCCCUCAGAGGACAUGGCCGUGGCUGUUGCCCGCGCCUUCAUCAUCCUCAGCGUGCUCACCUCCUACCCCAUCCUGCACUUCUGCGGGCGGGCUGUGGUCGAAGGCCUAUGGCUGCGCUACCAGGGGAUGCCGGUGGAGGAGGACGUGGGGCGGGAGCGGCGGCGGCGUGUGCUGCAGACACUGGUCUGGUUCCUGCUCACCCUGCUGCUGGCCCUCUUCAUCCCUGACAUUGGCAAGGUCAUUUCGGUCAUUGGAGGCCUGGCUGCCUGCUUCAUCUUUGUCUUCCCAGGGCUGUGCCUCAUUCAAGCCAAACUCUCUGAGAUGGAAGAAGUAAAGCCAGCCAGCUGGUGGGCGCUGGUCAGUUAUGGUAUCCUCUUGGUGACCCUGGGAGCCUUCAUCUUCGGCCAGACCACAACCAACGCCAUCUUUGUGGAUCUCUUGGCAUAACAGCUGCCUCCCAGGCAACACAUGGCCUUUGCCACUGAACCCAGAAGCCCAUCUCUCAGAGCUGUGGGACCACUCUGAGUCCAGCAUCAUUCCCCUUUCCUGAUGGGAUGACAUCUGGACAUCCUUUUCCAGGGACAGUUUUGGAGUGAAAUCAGGCCUCUUACCUCUGGACAGCUCAAACCCAGCUCCCCUCCUGCUCUGUGGUCCCGCAGUGUGAGGAUGCAGGGAGGAGGUCUCGUAUCACAGAAGAACCUUCCCUGUCUGCCAGCUCUCAGCUUCUCCAUGCCUGAAAAGCAUGGGUGAAGAGGGUCAGAACAUCUCAGAAAAGAGAACCUGGCCUGACUUUCCUUUGGAGAAAGAGUGUGGACAAAGGGCCACCGCCAUCCUCCUCAGAGCAGCCUGUCCUAAGCAGGAACCAUGCGUAUACUCUGAGACUCAGUGAUUGCUCCAGUUUGUCAGCCGCUUGGCCAGCAGUGGCUUCUCUGGGAUGGCAGCUUCCAAAGGUAGCACAAAAGUCAUACAGAUGCACAGAGGUAGAUAGAGUCAUGCCUUGUCCACCUCAGCCUGGGGCCUCUUCCCCCAAACCUGAGAGUCCAGGCAUUCUUGUCUUCUUCUAUCCCCAGACAUCAUCAAGUCUAAUGUUUACAAACGGUGCCAGCCCGGCUCUGAAGCAGAGGCCAGGGGCCAUACCGUGCCACCACGGUGCUGUGAGUACUCCUCAGUUAGUUUUUCCCUUGGCAGGAAGUCUACUUUGCUCUCUCAGAUUCCAGAUGUGCCCCGUGCUUCAGAGACACAGGGAGGGUGAUAAGUCUGAGAACCUUUCAAACCCAUGUAGGCUGGGCUGGUCAGAGUCAAGGUGAGCCUCUCUGAUAACUUCUCUUUCAGUGACUGCUUCUCUUCUGCCAGCCUUCUGCUCACCUCUCCUUGUCAACCCUAGCAGGAUAGCCCACAGAGAAGAACAGCUGAGUUGUCACUGACUGGGCAACAUUUUCGUGUAGUCACAACAGUCUGGAAGUUUCCCUUCCAGUCCAGAUCUUGUCUGUUCCCUCCCUCCGUCGUUUCUUCACUCCCUACUCCAUUUUUCUGGUGCAGGCUCUCCUGCUCACAUAAGACCGAGGGUAGGGGGUAUGCAAGACCUUCUCUUGCCAGCUUUCUCAGCUCCACAGGUCCACCAGGCUUGGCCUCAGCAAUCUGUCAAUCACACUGAGGUCACACAUGGAUUGUGCCCCAGGUGGGGAGAAGAGGGACAUUUCUUUCCAGGUCUGCAGUCCCACUUUUCCUUUUUUCGCUGUUCACUUUGACCAAUCCCAGGCAUUGAAUCAGCCUUCCUCCACCUGGAACUCCCAACAUUUCCUUGGCCCCUUCUGCUCAAAACCUCUGUUCCAGGGGUGAGCAGGACCCCCACCCAGCAACCCACCACUCAGGGCUGUAAGAUCGCAGAAGCAGAGGCUGGCUGGCUGGCUGGUGGCCGGAUAGACUUUUGCUCAGUUCCCAGACUGGAUGACCUGCCUUUCCUCAGAUCCACCCAUAGCCCCUGGGGCCAGACCAGUGCUGCUGUGUUCUCUUAGCCGGUACUCAGCAUCAGGCCCUUCCAGUGCCCAUCCCUGCCAAGCUUAGGAUGGUCCAGUCAGCAGGGCUGAACAGCUUCCUAAUGUUGGAUUUCAGCCGAGGAAUGGAGGAUGUGAGGGGAGUCAUCACACAAAACAGACCAGUCAGGAAAAGGAGCUGGAAUCUGGCCACUUGGCCUAACCUCAGGAGCCCCCUGCUCUGCCCUCCCCUCCAGGGUAUUUUACUGUUUCUUUUCUACUUGUACGCAUUCAUACCAGAGAGGGUGGUUAAUAAAAAGAGGCUGUGCUGCUGA